UUCGCAUUGUAUUGUAAGGAAAAGUGUCUUGGAUGCCACAAUUGUGUUACAGUGCAAAUAUAUUCAAAAAUAUUAUUUAUUUAAUUUUUUAUUGAAUGUCUUUUGUAAGUGCAAGCUUCAGCCUAGUGAAAAACAUGGUUCUUCAGAUUAAAACCAGGGAGAAUCAUGUCCCCUAUAGGGGAAAAAAAUGUAAUGCUGGGUAUUCAGAGGAUAUGAUGGAUAAAUGCAUAUAGUUGUGACCUAUACCUCAUAAAAGCAUUGGCUGCCAUUGGUUAAAAGUCAGACGGCCCAAAUCCAAAAGAUCUACAGACAACCCAUUAGACUUGUCCCACUUAAUAAAAACCCCAACCAGAGCCAAACCCUUGUGUAGAAGAGGACAGAAGGAAAACACAAGACAGAACACUGCUGGAAAGAAAAUGGCACAUCAGGAAGUGGAGUUCGUGCGGACAGCCUACGGAAAGAACGCAGUGAAAGUGCUGUACAUCAGGAGAGAGGGGACACACCACAGCAUCAUAGAACUCAAGGCAGAUGUGCAGCUUACACUGAAGACACGCAAAGACUACCUGCAUGGCGACAACUCUGACAUCAUCCCCACUGACACCAUCAAAAAUACUGUGCAUGCUCUGGCUAAGCUGAAAGGGGUCAGGACUAUCGAGCAGUUUGCUUUAGACAUCUGUGAACACUUUUUGACAGCCUUCAACCAUGUCACCAGAGCCAAGGUGAACAUUGAAGAGGCACCAUGGAAAAGACUAGAGAAGAAUGGUGUAGAGCACAGCCACGCAUUCAUCCUCACCCCAGAAGCUUGCCGCUUUUGUGAUGUUGAGCAAAAUCUAAAUGAGAACCCUGUGAUCCACUCUGGUAUGAAGAACAUGACGGUUCUGAAGACCACACAAUCUGGCUUUGAGAACUUCCUGAAAGACAGGUUCACCACACUUCAAGAAACUAAGGACAGGUGCUUCUGUACCUCUGUUUACUGCAGAUGGCACUACAAUACACACAAGGAUAUCCCCUUCAACUCAAUAUGGAAGACUGUCAGAGACAUUAUCAUUGAGAAGUUUGCAGGCCCCUAUGACCGUGGGGAAUAUUCUCCUUCUGUCCAGAAGACCCUGUAUGAGACACAGGUUAUAGUGCUCAGCAGAGUGCCAGAGGUAGAAGAAAUUGAGAUAAUAAUGCCAAACCAGCAUUAUUUCACCAUCGACAUGACAAAAAUGGGGCUUUCCAACAAGGAUGAGGUCCUCUUGCCCCUGGAUAAUCCCUCUGGAGACAUCAGAGGAACAGUGAAGAGGAAACGUGCAAAACUGUGAGAGGAAGAGUAGCAGAGCGUUAAAAGGCAAGAGACAACCACAGUACAAAUUUGUCUCAAAUAAUUUAAUCACCAGAAAAUAUAUACAUCUGGUCAUGAUGUUUCCUACAUGAGUAAAAGAAGAAUGGAUUUUCACAUUUGAAGCAAAUUGUUCAUCAUGAGUGAUUCAGUGUGUUCUCCCCAACUGCAUCUUUUACUAUAUCGCAAAUAAAGUCCAAUAAAUAAA